AUGGCGAUGAGUGCCAGUGCCGCGGUCCUCUGCCCGGAUGUGAUCGUCGCAGUCGAAACACAGUUUGCCCGAUUGACCACCGCAGCUCCAGCAGGUCCGGCCGACUGCUCGGUCGCCGCCACAGAGGCGCCUGCGAAAACAACUAUCAAAAAGAAGAAGAAGAAGGUUAAAGCGUCGGCCUCAGGGACUACCAGUGAUAAGCCAGUGAAGAAGACCAGGAAGAAGAAGGCCGCCACUGUUACCGAGCCAGUGAUACAGGAGCUGUUGUGUCCACUGGAGGAUGAACCAAUUGAUCCCAAUGAACCAACAAAAAUUCGAUUCCGUCGCUAUGAUGUUCAAGACUUUAAACCGCUAACUCUUGUUGGCACUGGAGGCUUUGGAAUGGUGUACCUGUGCAAGUUGGUUGGCCACAAUGCCUACUUUGCAGUCAAGUUUAUGGAGAAACGACGAAUCGAAGAGCAAAAUGAUUAUGAAGCAGUUUUAAUGGAAAAGAAAAUGAUGCUUUACGGAAAUAAAAACCCAUUUAUUUGCAGACUUUUUUGCGCUUUCCAAACAACAAGACAUCUUUGCUUCGCAAUGGAGUUUUGCUGUGGUGGCGAUCUCAGAUUUCACCUUGAUCGUGAAAAACGGUUUUCAAUUGACAAAAUGAGAGAUCUUAAAUUAGACAAUGUGAUGAUUUUCUCAAACGGGCACAUAAAACUGGUCGAUUUUGGAAUGUGCCUUGGAAAAGUAUAUCGGCAAGAGUUUAUGCCUUCAGAUUUUUGUGGGACAUUAGAGUACAUGGCACCUGAAAACUCUCCCCGUGAUACUUCACAUUUCGAGGAAGCAUUUACUGCCGAAAAGCGAAACUUUUUUAACGUCGGAGGUUGUACUCCAAGUGAUAAUUUUGCUGACUUUGAAUACACCAACCCUAACAUGACUGAUUGA